UAAGCUUGAUUUAGAUAAACUUGAUUAUGUUUAACUGUGAUACUUUCUGAUAUUGAACGAAGCAUAGAAACAACAUAAAACAAUGGUUCUCCUACUAUCUGCGACGUGGUUCUUUUUCUGGUUUCUUCUCCCAGCAACCUUAUUUACCAGUGUUAUAUUUCGUUUCAAUGGGCUAUCAGCGUUUUAUUGUUUGUACUUGAUAACUCUUCCUUAUUCCCCCAGACUGCGUGGACUAUAUAUGCGUUCAUGGAGAAGGUAUUGUUUUGUCACACUUGUGUUCUCGGGCAUGUUUGUGCUUGCUCAUGCUGCAUUCCAGGUUGCAUUAGCCGUAAAGAAACCUUAUGGCAGUUUGCUGGGACCACCAUGUUCAUUUGCAGAAAGAACUGCGCGCUACGUUGGAUUUCAAAGAUUGGAUUCAACAAGUGUAGCAAAUAUUUGCCGAUUAAUUGUUCCAGAUGUGACAACUUUUAUUGUCUCAGUCAUUACAAUGAUAUUGAUCAAUAAGUCAGAAGCCUACCUACACGAACACGAAGAUCAACAAACGAAUGCACAAACCACUCAACAACUUAAAAGUGAAGUUUCUCGUGAAAAAGCAAUGAAUGGAUUUGUUUUGUUUUUAACAGUGAUUUUGCUAGCUGUGGCAGGCAUUGCGUACCCCAGUGUUGUAUCCAGUAUAUAUCUCUUAUCAUUCAUCACAUUAUCCAUGAUGUGGGCGUUUCAUAAACCACUUCUUACACCAGCUGUUGCUCUUAUGAGGGCGUUCUUGUGUGCCAUUGCAAGUUUUCAACUGUUAAUGUUAUAUCUAUACCAAAUCCAACAUAUUCAAGAUCUUAUUCCAAAAGAAUCAAUUUAUACGAGAUUAUUUGGUUUAACCCCAAUCAUAUACACGAACUGUACAACCCCCAACACACUCCUGCUCUACCCUGGGUUGAAGUGGACGGUCUAUGUCGGGCCUGCAAGUAUUUUCCUUCUACUUUGGUCCAUGGCUGUGGGGGUCAGAAUGUUCUUCAGAGAUUAUUGGGCAUUGGCGAAACAGUUAAACGAAGACUUACCAGUGCUACCUAGUGGUUCAAAACGAACGCCAAAUUCGGAACGAAGGGUUGUUUUAGUGAAUGAAGAUGACCAUACUGCAGUUAACCAACCAUUGGUCCAAGGAGAGGAACUUCCACAAAACUAUGACUCAAUGGCACCGAGUUCAAAUCCAGCUGUGGUGAAUGGAGAAGAAAAUGGGGAAACUGCUGAAGGUCAGGAAAUUAUGGAACAACCAAACAAUAGCGGAUUGUUGCACACAAUUGAAGGCCAAAUAUCUAAGUUGAAACAUUUCAGUUUCUACGUGGUCGCUCUCAUUAUAAUGAUGGUAUGGAGCGUAACUUACCAUAGUUGGCUGACGUUCGUUCUCCUAAUAUGGUCAUGCGGUUUAUGGAUGACGAAGGAAAGAUCGUGGUACACUCUUUGCUGCUCCCCAGUGUUCACUAUUUAUGGAAUCGCUAUUCUUUUAAUACAGUUCAUUUAUUCAUUGGACUUAAAUGAGUCAGAACUCCCAACCACUAUCAACCAAACAGAUGGCAAUAUCUUGUAUUUAUCAGCGUUUGGAAUGCGACGAUACGCUUAUCCUUGUUUGCCACUUGGUGCUCAGGUGUUUUAUUUAUGUGGUUUCUGGUUGGUUCUGCAUCAGUUUAACUACAUACGAAGGCACAGAAGUAGUCCAGAUAAUGAAUCCACCACAAGCACAUGGGCGCACAAGUUUGCCGACUUCUGCAAAGAAAUGCUGAGUCGUUACUGGAUAUUCUUAGUCAUCGGUUUCCACAUCGCCAUAGCAACCGAAGGAUAUCCGACCGGAAUUAAGUUUAUUUACUUUUUCCUCUUCGUUCUCAACAUAACUGCUUUUAUUGUCUCAUGGCCUUUAUAUCGCAAAACACUCACUUUCUAUUGGUUUGUUCUUCUAUCUUACACCAUGGUCGUCCUGGUAGUUAUAUACACCUACCAGUUUCAAAGCUUUCCCAAUUAUUGGAAACAACUCACAAACUUUGACGACAAGCAGUUAGCAGAUCUUGGUUUGAUCCAAUACACCAAUGAAGGCCAACUACUGUUGUCGGUGAUGUUACCUGCAUUGUUUCUACUUGUGGUUAUAUUACAGCUUCAUUAUUUCAAUGAAAGAUUCCUGGAGGUAACAGGUCCCUCGAACCAGAUCACUAGUAUAGGUAGCGGUGGUGACGACCAUUCGGUGGAGCUAGAGAAUGAGGAAUACGAGAUGAACGAGUUACGUCGUGGUUUGUGUGAACAAGAAGAAAAAGAGAAUUGGUUUCAACGAAAAUGUCGUAAAAUGUGCCCUGUCAUUGUGAGCGCUGCAAAAACUGUUGCGUCAUUGUUUAUUCGUGGAUUAGAAUUCCACGUUUGGAGGCUUGUGUUUAUUACUGUGUUCUGUGCGGCCGCUUAUAAGGUGUCUGCCAUCUAUGGUGUAUACGUGAUAUUUUGGAUUUGUUUAUUACCUGCAAGAAUCACCCACAGAGCCCUUUAUGUUGUCACAAUCAUCUCAGUUUCGAUCAUUAUUCUCGGAAACAUGUUCUUUCAACUUCAGUUUAUCUCGCCGGAACUUAAAUAUAAUUGCACUUUUAAUUCUUAUGGCAACAUGAAAGUCAUUGAAUAUGAGAUGUUGAAUUGGAUCGGAAUUUUUAAGAUGAAUCAAAAUGGAGCUUAUUUUAACCAUGUUAAUGGGUUCAUGGCGAUAAUUUUGAUGAUUUUAUUCGAGCGAGUGAUUAUGCUCCGUCAGCAAUGGCACCUCAAGUGGCGAAACAUUGUGCAGCCAACCAUGACAGCGUUCUACCCAACCGUGACGUGGCAAGAACUCGAUUUGGGAAUCGUGGAGUUUCUAAAAUAUUUUGUGAAUUUUGCUUUUUACAAAUUUGGGGUUGAGGCUUGCUUUGUAAUGAGUGUUGUCACAGUGUGGGUGCGUGCAGACAUGUAUGCUGUUGUAUAUGCAUUGCUUCUUAUUAUUGCACUCAGUUUGAAGACAAGACUAUCAUUGCACAGGUACUGGAAGUUUUACUCGAUCAUCCUCCUGUUUCUCCUAAUAUUGCAAUACUUGAUCUGCAUUGGAAUGCCACCUGUAUGGUGUGUAUCCCACAACUAUCCAUGGUUGGUAUUUGGUUCGAAUGAAACGGAACGCGAUCGUUUAGUUCGUUGGAUGUUUCUUCCCGAUUACCUCGUGCUUAAGAAUAGCACCAUUCUUAUAGCUGAUUUCUUCCAAUUCUUGUUUAUUGUGAGUCAGCUAUAUGUGUUUGAAUGGGAGAAAAGUGGUUGGGAGCGUUAUGGGGGUGAUAACUCCUACUUGACGGGUGCGGAGCUUGACCAUGUGACCAUUGGCACCAACCCAAGGAAAAAUUUUAUGUUAAAAAAAGCACGCUCAUUGUUAGAUCAAUUGAAGUCGUUUGUCUUCAAAUACAUGAUAUGGGUUUCUAUGGCGAUGGUGUUUAUCGCUGGGACGACAAGAAUUUCACUUUUCUGCCUCGGUUACAUCGUCGCGUUCUUUUACCUUCUAUCUAAGCAACAAGAGUUGUUGCUGGGGAAACCAAGUCGACUGCUUAAAGUUUGGAACGUAGUGUUAGGUUACAAUGUUGCCGUUAUAACUUUGAAGAUAAGUUUGCAAAUUGCAUCAUGUGUUUAUAUUGAGACAUUACAAGAAAACGCAUGCGCAGUGGUGCAACUGUUUAGCCUUGUGUGUUCAAAAAGUGGAGCCUAUGGGUUACAAGUUGCUGCAACAUCCACGUGUGAGUUAUCGUACACCAACUCCGGGCUUACAUGGGAUUUUAUAUGUUUUCUAUUCCUCCUAAUCCAACGAAGAAUUUUCUCGUCGUAUUAUUUUCUUCAUGUAACGGAAGAUUUAAAGAUAUCACUGAAACUUGCAGCAAGGGGAGCAGAACUAUUCAACGACAAAUUAAUCGAAGACGUGAAAGAAAGAGAGAGCGUCGUACAAGAAAGUUUAAGUGCGCUUAAAUCUUCAAUGAAAAGCAUCAAGAACAGAUAUAGGUUGCUACGUAAAGGUUUACCCCCGCCUACUACUCACACUGAAGCUACAAGGUCAGGGGAUUAUUAUAUGUUUGAUGAAGAGGAACAUGAGAGAAAAGAAAUAAAGGAAACAAAAGAUGAAAUUAUGGAUCCCAUUAAGAUGCUUCACAAACUUGGUACUGUAGGAAUCGAUGAAACAUUGGUUGAAAGGAAGGAAGAUAAGAAGAAACUGACUGAAGAUUCAGAAGUGACACAUCAUGCUCACGAAGAUGAUACUCACAAUGAAGCCACUCAUGAUGAAACCACUCAUGAAGAUGAUCAUGACUCAGAUGAUCAUGAAAGUGAUCACGAUGCAUGUGAGGAUGAAGUUGAUGGAAAAAAACAAAAAACUUUCUUUGAAUCAUUAAAACAAUGUUGGAAAUUGGUUUGCGAGUUCGUUUUAUCGGGAGUUGAUUAUCUGACGUUGAAACUGAACAAAGGAAACCUCGAUUAUCGAAACGUAACGUUGAGGUUGGAGUCCGAGAAAGAUGAGAUUAGUAGGAAGAAGUUUAAAGAAGAGAGGUCGCCUCGGGGUUCAACUGAAGUUGCUGUUGACGUAAACAAUGACCAUAAUGAUGCCAUAGACGUGGAUGGAAUAACAAUUGAAAGCAAUGCUUGUACAGAGGAAACUGAAUGGAAAGAUUUAGCUGCGAUUGAAUUUGAUAAGGACCAACACUGGAUACUGAGAUUCUUCUAUUCAUUCUGGUUUGUUAUAAUCUCACGCACGGACGUUGUGUGUUACUUUCUUUUCAUCCUUAACCUAAUGUUGGAUUCUUCCAUUCUGUCACUUGUUCUUCCCCUUGCUGUCUUCUUCUGGGCAAGUUUCUGCAUUCCAAGACCGACCACCAAGUUUUGGAACUUCUCCAUCGUUUAUUUGCAGUUAGUGAUCGUGGUUCGUUUCAUCUUCCAAUUCGAGUUCUUCCCGUGGAACAGCCAGGAGGAGAUGAAUCUUCAUCAGAACGAACCUUUCUGGUGGCCGAGGUUCAUCGGGAUUGAACAAUCUUCUUCGUGGAUGGUGAUGGAUCUUCUGCAACUGCUGGCCGUGGUGUUCCAUGUCUCUGUACUAAAGGUCCAUGGAUUGUGGGAUUCUAAAGAAGAAAGUGGUGAUUAUGAUGUCAUAAAUGAGACAGAGGUUGCUCCCACUACUUCUCAUGAAGCAGAAGGGGGAGUAAUAGAAGAAACAAACCAGGAGCAAGGAGGAGAAAAAGUGGGAGCAAAAAAGAAACCAAAGAAAGAUAAAUCUGGAAUGGACAAAUUUCUACAUUACUGUCAGCAGCCCUACUUCCUCUACACUUCUGUAUUGAACCAACAAUUCCUAUCAAUAACCGACGUAUAUGUGUGGAUAUUCCUAUGUGAUGUCAUCAACUUCAUUAUCAUCGUGUUUGGGUAUUGGGCGUUUGGGGCAUAUUCAUCGCAACAAACAAACGUUGUGUCUGAUCUUCAAUCCAACCAAGUUCCCACUGGUUUCCUUGUAAUGCUGUUGAUACAGUUCUCAAUGAUGAUAAUCGACCGUGUGAUUUAUCUUCGUAAAAGUCUCCGAGGAAAGUUGAUCUUCCAAAUCUUCCUCGUGGCUGGCGUUCAUAUUUGGCUCUUCUUCAUCCUACCUGCUAUCAAUAACAGACCCUUCUACCAGAAUGGCGUGGCACAAACUUGGUAUUUCUUCAAAGCUCUUUACUUCCUAUUAUCAUCAUACCAGAUUAGGUGUGGAUAUCCCAAUCGUGUCACAACUAAUUUCCUCACCAACUCUCAUGGAACUGUUAACUUGUUUCUGUUUAAGGGGUAUCGCUUAAUUCCAUUCCUCGCCGAAGCAACCACUGUUAUGAACUGGACGUUCACUAAAACAUCAAUGUCGAUAUCUGAAUGGUUGAAACUGUGGUCGAUUCACGCUGAGGUGUUUGAACUAAAGUGCUGGAGGAGUUUCGAAGAGGAAUAUCCUUCUCAACGAGGAUCAGCAAAAGCGAAAUGGGUUCAGUAUUUGAUUGGUGGAAGUUUGGUCUUCCUUAUUUUCUUCAUUAUAUGGUUCCCACUCUUAUUGAUGAACAUUGCUCUAACUAUUGGUGGGGUUACCAACAAUCCUACGCAAGUUGAUGUGAAAAUAACAUUGGGCUCUUUUGAGCCCCUGUUCCAAGUGAUAGCAGAUUCUGAUGACAUCAAAAUUUGGACUGAGAGCCAAUUCGACAAUUUCCAGCAAGACUUCAGUGUUAGCCAAGCGGCCGCUGCGUUCUUGUCAGGAUUCCAAUUUGAUCAAGUUGUCACGGUAACCGUAGAUGGUGAAUCGAAAACAAUUUGGACCAUCAGCCCCCCACAAUAUGAACUGCUGGUGGAUAGGUUAAGUCCUAACAAUACUAAACCAGUUAGGUUGCUGUUUGAAUGGACACUUACUAAAACAUCCUCCACUAUGAUGAAACAAUGCUCAAAACCUUCAAAACAUGACCCUAGUGUUACGAACGUAGUAUCCUCGUACGGGUCAAACUCUGUGAUGCUAAACCGAAGCAGUGAAGCGCGGCAACAUCUUUAUCAAUUGUUGAAACAAAGAAACGAAACAAAUACUACAGAUAGCGCUUUCAUCAUGAAUUUGUUUCCUCAAUACAUCCACUCACAAGGGACUUCCUCAACUGCAAGACCUGCUUAUAAUUUAUACCAAGGUACACACCAAUCAUACACGGACGUACGUCUCACGUUACGAAGGAACGCUAGCUCCACCUGGUGGCGAGUAUUUGACGACUCAACGUCCUUGGAAAAACCGAUGUUUGAAAUCAACAUUUUUAGCGACAAAGUUUCGCCCGCAAGUUUACAAUUUAUUGUCAGUUAUGGAUUGAUUGGUUUAUACGUGUCGGUUGUUUUGGUUGUUGGACGUUUAGUACGCGCUGGUUUGGUUGGAGCAACUUCUACUAUCAUGUUUCUUGAGCUUCCAUACGUCGAUCGAAUCCUCCAACUUUGCAACGAUAUUUAUCUCGUGCAGGAAGAAAAAGAGUUUGAACUUGAGGAAGAUCUUUACGCUAAGUUGAUUUUCCUGUAUCGGUCGCCCACCACGCUUAUUAAGUGGUCGAGGCCUAAGGUGGAUUAGUAAAGGGGUUGUAAUAAGGGAUAGGCAAGAAACUGAUUGAUAUGAAAAAAUAACGGAAAAAAUUAACAGUACAAAAAAGAACUGAAACUAAAAAUGGUAACAACAAAAAACUAGAUUAAAUAUUUGACAAACGAGAAACGGAAUAUUUAGAACAUAUACAAAGGAAGCAACAGGUUAAAAUGAUGGACAGGAAGAAGCAACAAAA